UCGCCGCCCUCUGCCAUCCCGCCCUUAGGCCUCGCCCCACGCUUAGCCGAUGAGCCGCAAGCAGCUGGGUGCUCGCGGCUCCGCCCACCGCCUCCACGCUCAUUGGCCGGCGCUGGAGUCGCGGGCGGGAGGCGGGGCGGUGCGGGCCCAGGCAGGACGGCAGCCAUCUUGCGCGGAGCCGGAAUCGGAGCCCCGAGUCUGUGGCCUAGAGCGCGCGCGAGCUCGCGACCUUGUCCUGCCGCGGGCGCGCGUCACGGCAGCCCCGCCGGACUCCUCGUUCUUCGCCUCUCCGUGCCUGGCCCCGGCUUGGCCCUCAGACCUCAGCCCGGCCCGGUCCGGCCUCUCCGCGGGGUCACGCGGCCGCCCCGGAGACGAUGAACGGAGGAUAAAUGGUGCCCAAGGCAGACAGCGGUGCUUUCCUGCUGCUUUUCCUGCUCGUGCUCACCGUCACCGAGCCGCUGCGGCCAGAACUCCGGUGCAACCCUGGACAGUUUGCCUGUCGCAGUGGCGCCAUCCAUUGCAUACCCCUCCCCUGGCAGUGUGACGGCUGGGCAACCUGUGAAGAUGAGAGUGAUGAAGCCGACUGUCCAGAAGUAACCGGGGAGGCACGUCCUUACCAUGGAAAGGAGGCUGUGGAUCCGCGGCAGGGGCGGGCCAGAAGUGACCCCACACACUUCCAUGCAGUGAAUGUGGCACAGCCUGUCCGCUUCAGCAGUUUCCUAGGAAAGUGCCCGACAGGGUGGCACCACUAUGAAGGCACAGCCAGCUGCUACAGGGUCUACCUGAGUGGGGAGAACUACUGGGAUGCCGCACAGACCUGCCAGCGUGUGAAUGGUUCCCUUGCUACCUUCUCCACUGACCAGGAGCUACGUUUUGUCCUGGCCCAGGAAUGGGACCAGCCCGAGCGGAGCUUUGGUUGGAAGGAUCAGCGCAAGCUGUGGGUUGGCUAUCAGUAUGUCAUUACUGGCCGGAACCGCUCCUUAGAAGGCCGUUGGGAGGUAGCAUUCAAAGGCUCGUCAGAGGUGUUCCUGCCCCCAGACCCCAUCUUCGCUUCUGCCAUGUCUGAGAAUGACAAUGUGUUCUGCGCCCAGCUCCAGUGCUUCCACUUCCCCACCCUGCGGCACCACGACCUUCACAGCUGGCAUGCUGAGAGCUGCUAUGAGAAGUCUUCAUUUCUGUGUAAAAGAAGUCAAACAUGUGUUGACAUCAAGGACAAUGUGGUGGAUGAAGGAUUCUACUUCACUCCCAAGGGGGACGACCCAUGCCUGAGCUGCACCUGCCACGGAGGGGAACCCGAGAUGUGUGUGGCUGCCCUCUGCGAGCGGCCCCAGGGCUGUCAGCAGUACCGUAAGGACCCUAAAGAAUGCUGCAAGUUCAUGUGUCUGGAUCCAGAUGGCAACAGCCUGUUCGACUCCAUGGCCAGUGGGAUGCGCCUGGUCGUCAGCUGCAUCUCCUCCUUCCUCAUCCUCUCACUGCUGCUUUUCAUGGUACACCGACUGCGCCAGAGACGCCGGGAGCGCAUUGAGUCUCUAAUUGGAGCAAACUUGCACCACUUCAACCUUGGCCGGAGGAUCCCUGGCUUUGACUACGGCCCAGAUGGGUUUGGCACAGGCCUCACCCCACUGCAUCUUUCUGAUGACGGAGAAGGUGGGACUUUCCAUUUCCACGACCCUCCACCUCCCUACACGGCUUACAAGUAUCCAGAUAUCGACCAGCCUGAUGACCCACCACCACCUUACGAGGCCUCCAUCAAUCCUGACAGUGUGUUCUACGACCCCGCAGAUGACAAUGCAUUUGAGCCUGCAGAGGCCAGCCCGCCAAUCCCAGGGGACGGAGGCAUUGACGUUGCAUUGCCCAGACACUUGGAGCAGUCUCUGCCUCCUGCGGAGGCCUCCUUGGCAGACCUUGAAGACUCUGCUGACAGCAGCAGUGCCCUGCUUGUGCCCUCUGAUUCUAACCAGAGCGGGAGUGCCCCAGCUGCAGAGCCACCAACAGGGGGCAGCCUCCAUAGCCGUGGCUCCCUCAAUACAGUGGUAUAGACAGCCCAGCCUGCAGCCCCAAUGGGCUGGGAGCACCUGUUUGCUGUUGAGAAAACACCGAUCCCUGUAGGAAACUUGAAGGGGCCUUGCCACAGCCUGGACCCACUCCACUGCUGCACACCCACCAGUGGGUGUGUGUGUGUACAUAGAGACUACAGACAGCUUCCCUCUGAGAGUGAGCACCUGCACCAAGUUUCCUUGAGGGCUUCACAAACAUGCAUAGCUUUGGGUCACUAUCUUUUUUUUAAAUGGCAUUUCAGAGGAAGGUAAUGGAAGGCACUGGCUGUGCUCAAACCAAACACAUCUUGGGUGGGCUUGCUCACUGCAGUGUGCCACCUUAAGAAGCUUUUUGGCCAGUCAUCAACUAAUCACUGAACCCCUGGGUGGAUGGAGUUUGGGGCUGCUGCAGUGUCCCCAUGGCAGCUGCUCAGAGGCAGCAGGGGUACCUGCAGACUGUCAGUGUUGACACAGAAGGUCUGCUUCUAGGGAGAUGGCCUUGAGGGUGCUGCACCAGCUGCUCUGGGGAUGACUCCUCCAGGUCCAGCUGUAAGCACUGAGGUCCCUGGAGCCCUGAGAAGGGGGCCUGGAAGGAGGUAGAACUCAGUGCCCUCUUUCUGGCUGGGUUUUGUGAAACCUGGCUCUUUGACAAGAGACCCGAACCUGCCCCUCCCAUCUCCAUGGCAUUGCUCUGCAUGGCUCGCCCAGGAGGAGGCUCUGGACCUCCGCUGAUUGUUGGGCUGAGCCAGCUCCUGUCUGUCACACUGGAGCCCUGGGUCCUGCCUCCUGUUGAAUGGCCCCUGGGCCUGGUCUGCUCCCACCCCCAACUUAUUUGUGCCAUAAGGAUUGUUUCUUUAUGAGGAGGGGUGGCUGAAACAAGCAUCCUGGGCUGCACCCAUCUCCUGAAAGUCCACUUCUUGCACCAUCGCCACCACUGAAGCUCAGUGCCUGGUGGCUGCAUGCACAACCCUCCAACCCUCCCCAGCACUGGGUACAGGAGGCCUUUUGCCUGCUCUGAGCAGUGGCCUUGUCUCCUGACAUGGGCCUUUAGCAUUUCUGAGGUUUGGAGAUUAAGCGGGUUCUGUGCGAUUUUUAGCACAUCCAUAUCUUUUCUACCUUGAAUGUCUGGAUCUUUUCUUUUGUGUGUGUCCAUGUGUGUCCGUAUGUGGCCAAAUGUUCGCAGGUGGUGGUUCACAGGACCUGGGAUGGGGCCCCACUGUCUUGUGACAGCCAUUUCAUUGUGGGCUGUACUGAGACAGCAGAGUCCAAGCCUCUGCCCUUGGCAUAAUCAGUGGAGCUGUGACCCUUGUCCCACUAAAGGAAUGAGAAGAGCAACUGAGGCUUGUGGUUGGUUCUGUGUGCCUUGCAGCAACAGACCUCUGUGGACAGCCAAGUUCUAGUCAUGUUCUCACUCUGGUUGGAAACCCAUUUUCUCCUUCCCACACAGAAGGAGAAUCUUGAGUUUCCUACAAACCUGACCUGCAUCCCAGAGCUGGCUGGGGGUGUGAACUUUCUCAUUGAACAGCUUGACCUACAAGCACCAGAUGCUGCAGGCCGCUAUUUCCUUAGAAUCACAUGACCCCAAGAGCCUCACAUCCACUGCCAGGAACAGAGCAGGAAGGACACUGUGCCUCUGGUGUGUGCUGGAUGCUGGGCAGCCAGGCUCCAGAGCAGAAUCAAGAAUCUGAUUGGUGCCAGGAGACUCAAAAGGGUCCUGAGGGCCACCCCAGGAGGGCUCCACAGAGCUCAGAAGGUCCCUCUAGGCCUCACAACCUGUGUACAGGGCAGGGCAGCAGGCACAAGGUGGGUGGGACUAGGAAGCGGCCUCUGGGGAGUAAAGGACUGUUGGGGCCAGUCAAGCAUGUAGGAGGUGCUGAGGGAUAGGGUGACUUGCUUCGAGACUAACCAGGGUUCUGUCCACUGUGCUCUCAGGUUGCCUGGUGACCUUCCCCUGGGGAGCAUCAGGCCCCCCCCAGGAUACUCAGACCAAGCACCAUAGCCCUCUGGCCACCAGCUUCCUGAGGCCUGGCAGAAGGUCUGCAGGCAGGGCCAUUUGGCUGUUAAAAAGGGAGUUGGGGUCUGCCCAUCUGUGGUCACCCUGCCAUACCAUCUGCCACCCUCUGCAAGAUCUGAUUGAUGAAAAUUCCCGAGGCCAGCAUUUGCAGAGACUUAUGUGCUUGUGCCCCUUGCCUGCCCCAUACACUGGGCCCCAGAGGGACAGGCCAAGCUUCUCGGAGGCCCUCUCUCCCUGAUUGCCUUGUCACUGUUUCUGAGAGACCAGGUGCCCUCCGACCUGCCUUGUGGAGGUGAAUUUAAUACUGUACAUUGUCUUAAUGCCUGUUUUUACGUUUUCCUUUCACUAAGGGUUUUAGUUUGGGUGUAUUUUUCUUAAGAUGCUGUGAGAACCAUUUCAUCCAAAUGCCAAAUAAACUUGUGUUCUGGAAGAGGUGUGGUUAGUCCUUGGUGUGACCCUGCCCCAUAGCUGCCACUGAUUGUGGAGGGAGUGGCUCCGGCAUGGCCUUUCAGCAAGACUCUCUUAGGAUUUGCAACCCUUGCAGGUGUCCAACAGAGGCGACUUUCCUGGGUGACCUGGGGCUGAGCCGGUUGGAGGGGGAGGGCUUCAGCUUCCCCCAGACCCUUUGGUAGGGUAAUCCUUGGAAAAGGGGCAUCAAUAGGAAGGAAAUGGUAGUCCUGUAGUGGGGUUGCUGGUCACAGGCUUACAGUGAAGCAAAGGUCCUCCCAUACCCCCGUCUUGUUCUCCCUCAAGUCCUGAGCGCUGGGAUCCAAGGUGGCCUCACCCUUUGAACUGACCUUUUUGCUGGUGGCUUUGGCAUGUCACUCCUAGUCCCCAACCCCCAUUUCCUCUACUGUAAAUGGGAAUGACAAUAGGACACACCCCCUCCUUGCAAGAUGAAGGCCAGCCAUUAGACUGACUUGUAGCCUAUGUUGGUUUCCAGCCCUGGGAUCGGGCGCCUGUCUAGUGAGUUCCCUUCCCUGGGGCCCUGCCUGAGUGCCACCCCCUUCGACCCUAUCCGGGGCCCGCCCCAUGAUCCUACAGGACAGCCACGCCCCUAGCCCACCCCACUAAUGAAUAUGUAGCAGCCUCACUUCAAGGUUCUUUGACACUUUCUUGUUCUCCCAAGCCACAGCCGCCAGCCACCUCCACACCAUGUGGGUCCUGGGUUUCCUGCUCCCCUUCCUCCCAGUGCAGCUGGGGGUGCAGUCGAUCUCAGAGGGUGAGCACUGCAACUCUGCCUAUCCCAUCUGGUCUCCAGUCUACCCAACCCUGUCCUCUCCACCACCCAUUUGGUUCCACUGGUGUCUGGUGCUACGACUCCCAGGACCCAAAGUGUGGUGAGAACAGAAUUACAUAAGGCUGUGUUGGAUCCGUCUGUGACCUGGAGAUAGUAGAGAGGUUUAUUUAAACUUGGCCACCACACUUCCGUGGUCUCUGCAGUUUCCUUGUGUUCCUGUAACUAAAUGACACACAUCUGUGUGAUUGUUUCUCUGUGUGUGUCUGUGUCAGCUGUAAUUCCCCACUCCUGCUGGUAUCUGCCUGUCACUGUGGAGGCCCACGUGCGUGCAUGUAGUGGAGGUCCCAGUGUGGGUGUGCCAAAUCCUCCACUCUUGUUUCUUGGUGGGGCAGUUGGCCUGCAAACUUGGUGGCUAGGUCAGAUGCAGGUGAGGGGGGGAGCAGAGCCUGUAACUUGUCCAGUUGUGUGGAAGAACUUUCCCAAAGCUGCCUACUCUUUGGUGUGUGGGAUCCACCCUCCCCUGUGCACCCCAAGGCUGCCUCCUUGACCACCCCUAGAGACCUCAGACCUUGUUUCCUCAGGCCCUACCUAUUGGAAAGAGCUAGCCCCUGCCUGUGGGGGCCCAACCCAG